CAUAAUGACGUUUGUAAACGGGAAAGCCAAAUUUGUGUGUGCGUGUGUGUGUGUGAGAAGGAUUGCUUGGCUGCGGUGAACAUCAUUGACUACUUUGCAUCUGCACCAUCGCUCCACACAGUCAGGCUGCUCUUUUGGGAGAAAAAGAUACAGAAUCCGAGCGGGCGAAUCGCGAUUGAGGAAUUGGAAAGGGUGGGCGUCACGGUGAGCACAUCCAAGUCAAGACCAAGUGGGCAUUUCUCUACAAAUGGAGAAUGGAGGCUGGGGCCAUAGGAUGACUACUCCUGUUACCUUAAACGUGGGAGGUCACCUGUACACCACUAGUUUGUCCACACUGCAGCGUUAUCCAGACUCCAUGUUGGGAGCCAUGUUCCGGGGAGAUUUCCCAACAGCCCGUGAUUCGCAUGGAAAUUACUUUAUUGACCGCGACGGCACACUUUUCAGAUAUAUCCUAAACUUCCUGCGGACGUCAGAAUUAACUCUACCGGCUGACUUCACAGAAACAGACUUACUGAGGAAAGAGGCAGACUUCUACCAAAUUGAACCCUUGAUCCACUGCUUAAGUGAUCCCAAGCCGCUGUACCCUCCGGACAUUUUUGAGCAGGUUGUGGAGCUUUCCAGCACCCGCAAACUAUCCAAAUAUUCCAACCCGGUUGCCGUUAUCAUCACACAGCUAACGAUAACGACAAAGGUCCAUGCCCUGCUAGAGGGUAUUUCCAACAACUUCACUAAGUGGAACAAACAUAUGAUGGAUACAAGAGACUGCCAGGUGUCCUUCACCUUCGGGCCAUGUGACUAUCAUCAGGAGGUGUCCCUGCGAGUUCAUCUCAUGGACUACAUCAUGAAACAAGGCUUCACCAUCCGUAACACGCGUGUGCACCACAUGAGCGAGCGGGCAAAUGAGAACACGGUAGAGCAUCACUGGACAUUCUGUAGACCGGCACAAAUAGUUGAAGACUGAUUUGUUUUGGCUGAGUACUUGUGCUGUGAUUUCAAGGUCAAAUGCGCACAUCAUAAAGGGAGUUUUUUUUUUUUUUUUUUACUUGUUCAGUAAGGCAAGAUUAGUUUAUUUGUGUAGCAUUAUUCAACAACAAGGUGAUUCAAAGUGUUUUACAUAAAUACAUAACAAAUACAAGCAUGAUGUACGAUUCAAACAAAACAGAGAAGAAUAGAUACAAGCACGUAAAAUCACUAGAUAAAAUAUAAUUGAAAAAAGUAACAGUAAUUUGUACCGUUAAAAAAGGGUCUUUAUUAAAAAGCAGUUGAGUCUUCAACCUAGAUUUAAAUAGAGUGUUUCUUUCAGCUCAUCUAAGGCUUUCUGGGAGUUUGUUCCAGACUUGUGGAGCCUAAAAGCUGAAUGCAGCUUCUCCAUGUCUGGUUCUGACUCUGGGAACUGAUAAAAAAAAGAAAAAACCAACAACAUCCAGAUGACCUCAGAGGUCUGGAGGGUUCAUAAACUGGGCCAGGAGGUCACUGAUGUAUUUUGAUCCUGGACAAUUCAGAGCUUUUUGUAGACCAGCAUCAGAACUUUGAAGUGAGAAUGUGACCUUUGUCAAUCAAUCUAUACUUUGGUUGUAGUGCACCAUUCAUACUUACGAGCCUUUAUUGCCCCCAGGCUUUCACUGUAGAAAAAUCACAGAGCACAUCAAUAAACCAAAUGUCGCAAAGUGUAUAUACUGUAAUAAUGUUGAAGGAAAACUUAAUCAGUAAAGUUGUCUGAGGUGACGGAUUGCAGAAAUUGAAGAAAGAAAGCUGCAUAUAGAGCUUGAACCGCUCUGCCAUCUGGUGGAAGAGCAUUUGCCUGUCACUGUACUUUGGGUACCUAGAUGGAAUAAAGUAUAGAUUUGCAGUAAACAGAUUUUAAUUGUGGGGCCAAUGAAGUAAAUGUAAUCAUUUUCCAUUGCAAUAAAAGCACUGUUUGUCCUCCUGCCCCACCUCAUAAAGAUCAUUCCAUGUGGAAAAACUAGUAAUUAGAUAAAUAAAUGGACUGAAAGACAUGACUGUGGAAUUGUAAAACACAUUUUGACGAAAACAAAAGCCAUGAUAUGUCUCUGUAGUGACACUCUGUAAGUGAUGUAAAUAUUUGUAUGUUGUACAUUUUAAAAUUAGCAAUACAUCCUGCUGCUGUUACUCUGCAACAACGUCAUGAAUGGGAAGCGAUGAGUGGGGACAGACGCCUGUGUGUGUGUGUGUGUGUGUGUACGGGAUGAUAUAUUAAUCUUGCUUUUGUCUUGGUGUACGACCCUGUUGAUGAAAGGCCUGUAAAAAGUGGACCGUGGGAUGAUUGCUUCGCGGUUCAACAACCUUCGUGUAUCCGAGGGCUCUUGGAAUCCUCGUACUUGUGGUACUUGGUUAAAAUUAUUCAUUUUGUGUCACAAGUUCUAUUCAGCAACAUUUUAUAACAGCCAUUUUUGGCCCAUUGUGGACCGUGAAAGAGCGUCUCUUGGUGCUUUACAAUCUUAACGGUACUUUCUUCUGUCCUGUGUAGUUGUUGCAUGUGCAUAAUGGAUGUGUAUUAGAUGUCUGUUUGCAGUUUGGUCAUGCUGUUACACUUGUCAUCAAUAAAUCCGCGUUUGUAUUUGUCUGUUUUUAAAUGUAUGACAAUGCUGACUAAGUACGUACAAAGAGGAUUUCCUUUGUGGAUAAAUAAAGUAUCCCAUUA